CAAACCCAAACCCAAACCCCAAAAGAUAUAAUGGGUAGGUCACCUUGUUGCGACGAGAAUGGCCUCAAGAAAGGCCCUUGGACACCAGAAGAAGAUCAGAUGCUUGUUGAUUACAUUCAAAGACAUGGCCAUGGAAGCUGGAGAGCUCUACCCAAACUUGCUGGUCUUAACAGAUGUGGGAAGAGCUGUAGAUUAAGAUGGACAAAUUACUUAAGGCCUGACAUUAAGAGGGGAAAAUUUUCCCAAGAAGAAGAGCAGACAAUUCUGAAUCUCCAUUCCAUACUUGGGAACAAGUGGUCAGCCAUAGCAACUCAUCUCCCUGGCCGGACUGAUAAUGAAAUCAAGAAUUUCUGGAAUACCCACUUGAAGAAGAAGCUGAUUCAGAUGGGUUUUGAUCCAAUGACCCAUCGGCCUCGAACCGAUCUUUUCUCGAGUUUACCCCAAUUGAUAGCUUUGGCUAAUCUUCGAGAGCUUAUUGAACAUCAUCCAUGGGAAGAACAAGCUGUGAGAUUACAAGCAGAAGCAGCUCAAUUGGCUAAGCUUCAAUAUUUACAAUACUUCCUUCAAACAACCUCUCCUUCCAUUUCCAACAAUAACUCACCAAACAUCCUAAACAGUACUGUUACAGACAUGGAAUCUCUCAAUCUACUGAACUCAAUUUCUUCAAUCCAUGAUCCAUCUUCUCUUGGAAUUGCUAACACUACUCAAACAGUCCAAGAUUACCUAAAACUGCCUUGUAAUUUUCAAACAUCUUUGAAUAGUGAGAUGGGUCAAAGUUGUAGCUUUACAAUGGCUAGUCAAGGAGAAGAUACACCUCAAUCUCCAUGGCUUCCUUCAUCAUCUCCAUCUCCGCCGCCUCCUCUUCCUCCUGUGGCUCCGCCUGUAACGGUAAUUACUGAGACAUCAAUCAGUAAUCCAGGGGAUGCAUGUAGUACUUCAAGCUAUGGAGGAGCUUCUGCUUCAUUUUGGCCUGAAUUACUUCUUGAAGAGCCUUUUUUCCAUGAGAUUGCUUAGUUUUUAGAGAUGUGUG